CAGAGGCGGGCCCUGAGCCGGCACCUCCCCUUUCGGACAGCUCAAGGGGCUCAGCCAACUGGCUCACGCCGCCCCUUUAGUUUCUUUUCACGCCCUCCAAGAUCUAAACCGAGAAUCGAAACUAAGCUGAGGUCCAUGGAGCCUGAAUCCGCCCGAUCUCCGAGGCCCCAGCAGGAUCCUGCCCGGCCCCACGCGCCCACCAUGCCUCCCCCCGAGAACCCCUCUGAAGGCCGUCAGCCCAGCCCCAGCCACAGCCCUACAGAGCAAGCCCCCUCUCCGGAGGAGGAGUUCCAGUUUCUGCGCUGCCAGCAAUGCCAGGCUGAAGCCAAGUGCCCGAAGCUGCUGCCUUGUUUGCACACGCUGUGCUCAGGAUGUCUGGAGGAGUCGGGCAUGCAAUGCCCCAUCUGCCAGGCUCCCUGGCCCCUAGGUGCAGACACGCCCGCCCUGGAUAACGUCUUUUUCGAGAGUCUGCAGCGGCGCCUGUCGGUGUACCGGCAGAUUGUGGAUACACAGGCCGUGUGCAUCCGCUGCAAAGAGUCGGCCGACUUCUGGUGCUUUGAGUGCGAGCAGCUCCUCUGCGCCAAGUGCUUCGAGGCACACCAGUGGUUCCUCAAGCACGAGGCCCGGCCCCUAGCAGAGCUGCGCAACCAGUCCGUACGUGAGUUCCUGGAUGGCACCCGCAAGACCAACAAUAUCUUCUGCUCCAACCCCAACCACCGCACCCCUACGCUGACCAGCAUCUACUGCCGAGGCUGUUCCAAGCCGCUGUGCUGCUCCUGCGCUCUCCUCGACAGCGGCCACAGUGAGCUCAAGUGCGACAUCAGCGCAGAGAUCCAGCAGCGACAGGAGGAGCUGGACGCCAUGACGCAGGCGCUGCAGGAGCAGGAUAGUGCCUUUGGCGCGGUGCACGCACAGAUGCACACGGCUGUCGGCCAGCUGGGCCGCGCGCGUGCCGAGACCGAAGAGCUGAUCCGCGCGCGCGUGCGCGAGGUGGUAGCUCACUUGCGGGCGCAGGAGCGCGAGCUGCUGGAGGCAGUGGACGCGCGGUACCAGCGCGACUACGAGGAGAUGGCCAGUCGGCUGGGCCGCCUGGACGCUGUGCUGCAGCGCAUCCGCACAGGCAGUGCACUGGUGCAGAGGAUGAAGAGCUACGCCUCGGACCAGGAGGUGCUGGACAUGCACAGUUUCCUGCGCCAGGCGCUCUGCCGCUUGCGCCAGGAGGAACCCCAGAGCCUGCAAGCCGCUGUGCGCACGGACGGUUUCGACGAGUUCAAGGUGCGCCUGCAGGACCUCAGCUCUUGCAUCACCCAGGGGACAGAUGCAGCUGUAUCCAAGAAAGCCAGCCCAGAGGCUGCCAGCACUCCCAGGGAUCCCACUGACGUUGACUUGCCCGAGGAGGCAGAGAGAGUGAAGGCCCAGGCUCAGGCCUUGGGGCUGGCUGAAGCCCAGCCUGUGGCUGUGGUACAGUCAGUGCCCGGGGCACACCCUGUGCCAGUGUACGCCUUCUCCAUCAAAGGCCCUUCCUACGGAGAGGAUGUCUCCAAUACAACCACAGCCCAGAAGAGGAAGUGCAGCCAGACCCAGUGCCCCAGAAAGGUCAUCAAGAUGGAGUCUGAGGAGGGGAAGGAGGCAAGGUUGGCUCGGAGCUCCCCGGAGCAGCCCAGGCCCAGCACCUCCAAGGCAGUCUCACCACCCCACCUGGAUGGGCCGCCUAACCCCAGGAGCCCCGUCAUAGGAAGUGAGGUCUUCCUGCCCAACAGCAACCACGUGGCCAGUGGCGCCGGGGAGGCAGAGGAGCGCAUUGUGGUGAUCAGCAGCUCGGAAGACUCAGAUGCCGAAAACUCGUCCUCCCGAGAGCUGGAUGACAGCAGCAGUGAGUCCAGUGACCUCCAACUGGAAGACCCCAGCACCCUCAGGGUCUUGGACGAGAACCUUGCUGACCUCCAAGCAGAAGACAGACCUCUGGUUUUCUUUGACCUCAAGAUUGACAAUGAAACCCAGAAGAUUAGCCAGCUGGCUGCAGUGAACCGGGAAAGCAAGUUCCGCGUGGUCAUCCAGCCCGAAGCCUUCUUCAGCAUCUACUCCAAGGCCGUGUCCCUGGAGAAGCACCUGGCAGUGGCUCUGCCGGAGCUCACAACUCCAACAAGGUCAAUGUACACCAAUCAGAUCGGAGGGACCGAGGAGUGGGCAAGCCCGCCCAGGAGGGAGAGCAUGGGACCCCCAGGUAAGAUAACUGGGUACCAGACACGAUUUCACCACUUAGCACAAGUAACCUUCUUUAAUCUUCCCAACUGUCCUAUGUGGUUACAGCCCAUCCUCCUCCUCCAGUGGAGCACAGCAGAGCAGCAAGGCUGAGUACCUUGUCAGGGUCAUUAAACUUGUAUGUGGCAGAGCUGGGAUUUGCCUGCAGGGAGCCUGUGUCUAGACGGCCACCAUCUGUGGCCCACACCAUGGAGUGCAUGGCCAUGUGUUGGAGGACAGGCUCCCUGGUCUCUCCUUCCCAUGCCCUCGUGGGCUGUCAGUCUCAGGUGAUGCAGAAGGCAGGUCCCUGGAAGCUACCCCCACCUUCUGGUGCCUGUGCUUGAACUUUCAUUUUAAUUUUUUCGUUUAGGGCGGUGCUUCUGGAUCUUUUUAUAAUUAUUAUUAUUGUCCUCUUAAGGAGCAUUUUUAGCAUUUUUUUCCCAAUUGUGCCUCCCUCUAUGAAAUUUUAAUACCAUGGAUACAUUGUACAUUCCAUAGGAUUUUCUAAAUACAAGAUUGUAUCAUCUGCAAAUAGAGAUGGUUUUACCUCUUCUUUACAUGGACAUAUGUAUGGACUGUGAGCCUUUGGAGGGUCAGAAACCAUGGUAAUAGCUAAGAUGGUCAACUGCCCUUCCUCCCCUGCCUUUUCACCCUCUGUGGGGUGAUAAUACCUCUGUUGAGAAUGAUGAUUUAGGAUAAGGCCCCACCCCCAGUUCUAAUGUAGGUAAGAAGUGGUCACGGGAAGGAGUGGGUGGAAUGCAUGCUGCACCUCAAUGUGGGUGGAGACUAGGUGGGCCAGGCAGAGGGAGACGGGAGGGAAUGGAGAUCCAGGUCUCUGAGGACACACUCCCCUGCAGUGGCCUUGGUCCUGGUCCCAGGCACAGGCACAGGCUGAGCCUGGGCCGGGGGGAGGAUGGGGCCAAUACCAUCAUUUAUUUUUGUCUCUGAAUCCAGAUGUCAGCUCCAGACCCGCUGGACCUGAAUAAAGCAAAUACCUGUGCAGACUCUGUUGAGAGAAGAGUCUAGAAUUUCAACAGAUUCCCCCCAUACUAAAAGCAAACAAACAAAAACAAAAUGAAACAACCAAAUAAAAACAAAAAACAGAAAGUUUGGAAGCCUCUAUUUGCCCUUACAAAAUGCAUUUGCUGUCAAGUGAGGGGAAAAUUCCUUCAUUCUUGGCUCAGGGAACUUCCUUAAACUGAGACCAGCUGCCUGGACUAUGCUAAAUUCAGUUUAUAAAUAUUACACAUAUCCCAAACUUGAUAGCCAAGCAGAUGACAAAAGCUGGCUAGCUAACCACAGAAAUUUUCCAAAAAGCUAGCCAGUCAGACAAGUAUGAGAUAUUGUGAAAUCCUGUGUUGCUUGUCUGAUUUCCUGAAAUCAUUCAUCUCAGACUGAGCACAGAGGGCCUGGGGGUGGAAUUUAGGAGCACUAUCUUCUACAGUUCUAGAGCCUUAAAGCCCUGCCUGACCCCAGCUUGGAUUGACUGCACAGUAAGUCAGACCUACCAGCUGGACGCAGUGGCUCACACCUGUAAUCCCAGCACUUCGGGAGGCCGAGGCAAGUGGCUCUACAGUCAUGAAGAAGGUGGAGGCACUGACGCCCUAAGCAAUUUUAAAAAGAACACCUUAGCAAAUGUACAGCACCAUAGUUUCUUACCUUCACUCAGGGUCCACAAGGCCUCACGUUCUGACAGGUCUUAUCAGACAAAUUGCACUCAGUCAUGCUUCAUUCAUUUUCCUCGGAGAGUUUCCAGGUUACACAGAACUGAGAUCAUCUCCCCACCACGCCAUCAUCCCCCACGAAGACACUCCAUGUUUGUGUUUGCAAUACAUUCUCAUACAGAUCAAUAUUAGAUUUUCAGGUGCUCUUUGCAUUUUGCAACUAUUGCUCAAGCUGGAGACCCUGAAAGAGCAUUAGCUUUAGAGUCAAAGACCCCUGGGUUCCAGAUUCAGCUGAGAGACUGUAAGCACGUCACUAGCCCACUCUGAUCCUGUCUCCUAGUUGUAUAAUCACCUAUUUCCCAUCAAUUGCUAGUCUGGAGAGAAAAGUGCCCACUCUGGCCAGUACACAGUAGGAGCUUACUAAGCUUAAGCUCUCUUGCUUCCCCACUAUCCUAAUGUAUUAGGGGAAAGACAGAGAUGUGGGGAAUGGCACCUGGGAGGCUCCAGCUAUAUGCUUCACAAUCCUACCAACGAAAAAUCUGAAUUAGGCUUCAGUUUCCCGUCUACAAAAUGAGACAGGACAGGAGUGGGUAGGAAGAAGAGAAGCUGGGCUUUAUUAGUUUAAACUGGGCCGGUCUGAUUGUGUGAGGCGGGCUUCACUGUCGGGUCCAGCCCACUCCCCAGCCAGGGCUUUGCGUGCUCUGAAUAUCUUUUGGCCAAGUCCAAGGCUG